CAAUUUGGCAUUUCUCUCUUCCCUGUUGAGGACAGUUGCCACCAACCUACACAGCUAAAACCAAAACCAAAAGCAGAGCAGCAGAAGGAGAGAGAAACACAGACACAGAGACAGACAACAUUGUGUAUUGUGUUUGUGUGUGUUGUGUUCCAAACACUGAGAUCUAACCAACAUGGGGUGAUACACAUAAUUUUUAAUCAAAAUUCGAACACACAAAUAAUAGCAGCCGAAUUUGUUCAUCGCCGCCGAUUGGAAUCAGAACCCAAUAGCUCAAAGUUUCAAUAUUUGUAUAUCAGGUUCAGUUUUGGAGCUUGAGGUAUUUCUUGUGCAGUUUCAGAUCAUUUUUGACAGAAGUAAAGGGCGUUGCUUUGGUUUAUCUGAAACUGAACGUUUGUGUUCCUUUCAUUUUGUUUGUUCCAACGAAUACAUACAAGCAGAAACGUUGGUGACUUGGUGGUCAAACGGUUCUGGUUUUACUUAUUCCAAUUUUCCAAGGUUUAAGUUCUCACAACAUCGGAAGACAAAGUGCUGGUGUCCUUUGGUGGAGUGAUGGCGAAAGUGUCUCAUGCGGAUCCUAGAAGAAUGUAUUCAUGGUGGUGGGACAGCCACAUAAGCCCCAAGAACUCAAAAUGGCUCCAGGAAAAUCUGACAGAUAUGGAUGCCAAGGUGAAGCAAAUGAUUAAGCUCAUUGAAGAAGAUGCAGAUUCCUUUGCAAGGAGAGCAGAAAUGUAUUAUAAAAAACGCCCAGAGCUUAUGAAAUUGGUUGAAGAGUUUUACCGAGCAUACCGGGCAUUGGCUGAGAGAUAUGAUCAUGCAACUGGAGUGAUCCGUCAGGCCCAUAGGACCAUGGCUGAAGCAUUUCCUAAUCAAAUUCCAAUGAUGCUGACAGAUGAUUUACCUGCAGUUUCUCUCACGGAGACUGAGCCACGUACUCCAGAUAUGCACCACCCUUCACGUGUAUUUCUUGAUCCUGAUGAACCACAAAAGGAUGCUUCCACUCAUUUCCAUGCUAUCAAAAGAAAUGGAGCUUCUACUGAAGAACCUGAUUAUGCUUUGAACAAAACAGGUUUGAAACAGCUCAGUGAUCUCUACAUUCCUGGAGAUAAUGAAAAUCAUGCAAAGUUAGCAGAAGGGCGUGUUAGAAAGGGGCUCAAUUUUCUUGAUACACAGGAGGAGAGCAGUGAUCUAAACAAUGGAAGCCAUGAUACAAGAACUCAAGUCUUGUCCGAGUCCGAUCGUGUGACAAAAGCUGAGACAGAGAUUUUGGCAUUGAAGAAAGCCAUUACUAAAUUAGAAGGUGAAAAGGAAGCUGGUUUGCUUCAGUAUCAGCAAAGUUUGGAGAGGUUGUCUAAUCUUGAAUUAGAAGUGUCUCGAGCACAAGAUAAUUCUCAAAUACUUGAUGAGAGAGCAAGUAAAGCUGAAGCUGAAGUUCAAGCCUUGAAGGAAGCCCUAAUCAAAUUACAGUCUGAAAGGGAAGAUAGUCUUCUUCAGUACCAGGAAUGCUUGGAGAAAAUAUCUAAUCUGGAGAAAAAUAUUUCUUUUGCUCAAAAGGAUGCAGGGCAACUUAAUGAACGAGCUACUAGAGCUGAAACUGAAGCUGAUUCCUUAAAGCAGGACCUUGCUAGAGUAGAAGCUGAAAAGGAAGCUGCCCUCGUUCAAUAUAGACAGUGCUUGGAGACAUUAUCAAAACUUGAGGAGAGGCUAGAAGAAGCCGAGGAGAAUGCAAGAAGGAUUAAGGAGCAGGCUAAUAUAGCUGAAAAUGAAAUUGAGGCGUUGAAACUAGAAGUUACUAAACUUAAUGAAGAGAAGGAAGAUGCUGCUCUCCGUUAUCAGCAAUGUUUGGAGAUAAUUUCUAGUUUGGAGCAUAAACUCUUUUGUGCUGAAGAGGAGGUGAGAAGGCUAAAUUCCAAGAUAAAUGACAAGGUUGAAAAGUUACAGAGUUCCGAACAGAAGUGUCUUCUCUUGGAGACAUCAAAUCACACUCUGCAGUCUGAAUUGCAGUCUUUGACACAAACGAUGGGGUCUCAAAGUGAAGAACUUAGUGAGAAGCAGAAAGAAUUGAGUGGACUUUGGGGUUGCAUACAAGAAGAGAGAUUGCGAUUCAUUGAGGCCGAAACUGCUUUCCAAACUCUUCAGCAUUUGCAUUCUCAGUCUCAGGAAGAGCUUAGAUCUCUUGCUGCUGAACUUCACAGUAAAGUGGAAAUACUGGGGAAUGUGGAAUCACAUAAGCAGGCUUUAGAGGACGAAGUACACAGGGUCAAUGAGGAAAACAAGAUUCUAAAUGAGGUCAAAAUUUCUUCAUCAUUGUCUAUAAAAAAUUUGCAAGAUGAGAUUUUGAAUUUGAGGGAAACAAUACAGAAACUUGAACAGGAGGUGGAGCUAAGAAUUGAUGAAAGAAAUGCUCUUCAGCAAGAAAUUUACUGUCUUAAAGAGGAGCUUAAUGAUGUGAAUAAUAAACAUGAAGCCAUGAUGGAGGAGGUUAGGUCAACUGACUUAGACCCGGAGUGCUUUGUCUCAUCUGUGAAAAAAUUGCAAGAUGAGAACUCAAAGCUGAAGGAAACAUGUGAGGCAGACAAAGGUGAGAAAGAAGCUCUUCUGGUAAAAUUGGAAACCAUGGAGAAACUUUUGGAGAAAAAUACAGUUUUAGAGAAUUCCCUUUCAGACUUGAAUGCUGAGUUGGACAGUGUCAGAGGAAAGGUAAGUGAGUUGGAAGAAACAUGCCAAUCUCAGCUUGUUGAGAAAUCAACUCUUGCUGCUGAGAAGGCCGCCUUGUUUUCUCAGUUACAAGCCACCACUGAAAAACUGGAAAAGCUUUCAGAAAAGAGCAAUCUAUUGGAAAAUUCACUAUUUGAUGUCAAUGCUGAACUCGAAGGAUUAAGGGUGAAGUCCAAGGUAUUAGAAGACACAUGCCAGUCACUUGAACAUGAGAAGUCCAGUAUCUUUCAAGAGAAAGAAACCUUAGUUUCACAGUUGAACAUCACUCAUCAAACAUUGAAAGAUCUUGAGAAACAACACAGUGAUUUGGAAUCAAAGCAUUUGGAACUAAAAGGAGAAAGGGAGUCUGCACUUAAAAAGGUAGAAGAGUUGCUGCUUUCCCUAUAUUCUGAAAGGGAAGAGCAUUCCAGACUUUUGAAAUUGAAUGAAGAUGAAUUGGCUGAGAAGGAAUUACGAAUUCAUAUACUACAAGAUGAUGCAAAUUGCCAGAAAAAGGAAUAUGAGGAGGAACUGGACAGAGCUAUACAUGCUCAGAUUGAAAUUUUCAUUCUGCAGAAAUGUAUCCAUGAUUUGGAGAAAAAGAACUUCUCUCUUCUUGUUGAGAGCCAAAGACUUUUGGAGGCUUCCAAAAUAUCAGACAUAAUGAUGUCUAAAUUGGAGACUGAAAAUGUUCAAAAGCAGGAUGAUGUAAAUUCUCUGUCUGAGAAAAUUAAAAUACUAAGGAUUGGGCUGCUUCAAGUGUUGAAGACUCUUGACAUUAACAGUGACCAUUUCUGUGAAGAUAAGAUUGAAGAAGACCAGAUGCUUCUGAACCAUAUACAUGGAAGACUUCAGGAGAAGCAGAAGUCUUUUGACACAAUCUUUGAUGACAGCCAGAAAAUGGCCAUUGAGAAUUCAGUUCUGAUUGCAUUCCUUGGGCAAUUGAAACAAAAGGUAAAAAAUCUUGUGACAGAAAGAGAUAACCUUGAUGAGGAGUUCAGGAUCCAGUCUAAGCAGUUCUUGGCAUUGCAAAUAGAGGUUCAAAAGAUAUUGGAGAAGAAUCAAGAGUUGAAGUUGACAAUAAGCAAAGGAGAAGAAAGAAUGGAAGUAAUGGCAACUGAAAUAGGCAAUCUAUGCAAGCAGCUGUCAGUCUUGGAAAAUAGUCACAACAAGUUACAAGAAGAAAGUUGCAAGACAUUGGAAGAGAAAAAGUCCUUGACAAGAAGAUUUCAAGAUCUUGGUGAGGAGAAGAGUAACUUGGAAGAAGAAAUAUGUGUCAUGGUCCAUGAGACAAUUGCUCAAUCUAAUAUUUCUCUGAUUUACCAGAAUAUUAUCUUUGAAAAGCUCCUGGAACUUAAAAAGCUAGGUGAAGAUCUUGACAAACAUUGUUCAGUUAAUAAUGACCUUGAGGAAAGAUUAAAAAUAAUGGUAUGCAAAUUAGAAAACGCAGGAAGAGAAAAUUCACAUCUUAAAGGGUUAUUUGUAAAGUCAAAUGUUGAACUGCAUUUAGUUGAAUCUGUCAAUGAUGAAUUGAGUUGUAAGAUUAGGAAUGAAAGGGAACUGUUGCGUCAAAAGGAAAAUGAGCUUUUGGAAGCAGUGGAGAUGUUCCGUGCUCUGCACACUGAGAAAACAGAAUUGCAAAGAAUGGUGGAAGAUUUGAAAAUUAAGUAUGAUGAUGCCAGGAUGAUGCUUGAAGAACGGGCUAAUCAAAUUUUGAAGUUGUCCUCAGACAAGGAUCAUCAAAAUGAAGAGCUCAGAUGCCUUUGUGAAGUGAAUCAGAAGUUGGAGUCAGAAAUGAGACACCUACAUCAAGAGCUUGGAGAAACUAAGAUGAGGGAAAAGGAUCUAAGUUAUGAAUUACAUAAGGGAACAAAUGAGAUUGAAAAAUGGGAAACUCAGGCUUCAACACUCUUUGCUGAACUGCAGAUUUCUGUUGUCAAUGAAACUUUGUUUGAAGGAAAGGUCUGUGAGUUAGCUGAUGCAUGUGAGAAUCUUGAACGCAGAAAUUACUCCAAAGACUUAGAAAGUGAACAGCUGAAAGAAAGAGUUAGCAAGCUGGAAGUUGAAAAUGGAAGACUGUGUGAUCAAUUAGCUUCUUAUGUCCCGGCUGUCAGUGCUUUGAAUGAUUGUAUAACAUCUCUGGAGGUGCAGACUAUUGCACACGCAAAACCUCAAGAUUAUGAACAAUCAAAGGUUAAAAAUUCGGUGAAUAACCAAUAUGCUGAAAAUAGUCAACAAACAGAUGAGGAUCAGACUGCUAUGUCACCAUAUGCACUCCAUGACUUCCUAGACAUGCAGAGAAGGAUCAAUGCAAUUGAAAUGGCAGUUAAGCAGUUGAAUGGAAGUUUGAAAGCCAACGAUGAAGCAAGGCAAGAUGGCCCUGUUACCGAGAUUGAAGUUCUUCCAAAAGACAUCAUGCUUGAUCAGAUGUCUGAAUGUUCAUCAUAUGGGAUAAGUAGGAGAGAAACUGUUGAAGCUGAUGAUCAGAUGCUUGAAUUGUGGGAAACAGCUGAUAAGGAUUCCACUAUUGGCAUGCAAGUCGACAAGACGCAGAAGGUGGUAGCUGGAGCAGCUGACAAUCAUCAAAGAGAUGCAACCGUGGAAUCCAAAAAUAAAUAUCCUUCAUCAGAGUCCUUGGUAGAAAAGGAGCUGAGUGUGGACAAGUUAGAGAUAUCAAGAAGAUUGACACAACCACAAGAACAAGGGAACAAGAGCAAGAUUUUAGAAAGACUUGAUUCUGAUGCACAAAAGUUGACAAACCUUCAGAUAACCAUUCAAGAUUUGAUGAAAAGGGUGGAGAACACAGAGAAGAACACAAAGGGAAAAGGUGUUGAGUAUGAUGAGGUGAAAGGGCAACUUGAAUCUGCUCAGGAGACCAUGGCAAAGUUAGUUGAUGCCAACCGCAAGCUGAUGAAGAAUGUAGAAGAGGGUACCUUGUCUUCUGUUGGGAAGGCUCCUACAACAGAGUCAGAUGGGAGUGGAAGUGCCGGCAUAAAGGAAGUUUCAGAACAGGCUCGGAGAGAAUCAGAAAAAAUAGGACAACUACAUUUGGAGGUGCAAAGACUACAGUUUCUGCUGCUGAAACUGGGUGAUGGAAAAGAGAGCAAGGAAAAAACAAGAAUAAUUGAUCGAAGUCCAAGAGUUCUUCUGCGAGAUUAUCUUUAUGGUGGGAUGAGAAACAACAAUCAAAAGAAGAAAAAAGUACCCUUUUGUGCAUGUGUGAGACCUCCCACCAAAGGAGAUUGAUUGAUGGUUACCAUACAGUUUAAAGUAUGAGAAAAUUGAGACAUUAGCUUUCUUUUUUGUAAAAUUUCCUUCCUAAGUUGCUUUAAGACCCUACAUAUUUUGAUCAUGCUGUACAUGUUGUGCUUCAUUUACUCCUAAGAAGAGGCUCAGGCUAGGAUGGAAUUUUUACUAUUUCUUUUUUGUUAUAUAUAAUUUCUGAAUAAUCCCAUCCUUUUCUUUAUCUAGUUUAGAUGAGUAAUGAGUAUUAUUUUUUGCUACUAUUUUGUUUAUCAUUUUGGUACAAUAGACUAUUCCUUAACAGAAACAG